CACCACCACCACAACAACAACAACCACAGUAACAACACCAAGUAAGAAUAUAAAUUUAAAUGAACUAAAUAAUCAACGAUUAAAUAAAAAGAUAUGUCUUCUUAUUGUUAUUUAUAUUAUUCAUUACUGAUUACAAUCAUUCAAUCAUUAUAAUAUUACAAUAUUCAUUAUUAUAAACACACAGAGGGAGAGAGAGAGAGAGAAAGGAUUCAAGUGACUAAACAACAUUGUUACCAACUAAAAAACAACAAAACUCUAUAAAGAGUGUGGUCAAUAAUUUAUCAUUCUCUCAUUAAAAUCUUGUGUUUUUCUAUAAUAUAACCAGUAACAAGAGGAGUGGUAAAAUCAACUGGAUAUUGUUCCAAUUACGGGGAGGAAAUUUCAAAAAAGAAAAACAACAAAUAAAAGAAGAUGUAUCUUUUUAGUUCAAGAAGUAAUUACCAAUUGUGAUCCAAUUAAGUUUUAUGUAUAAAAGCCAACUGCAUUUUCUCUGUGUCUUUCUAUUAGAAUAUUAUUAUUAUCAUCAUCAUCAUCAUCACUAUUAUUAUUAUUAUUACUACUACUACUACCUUGAAACAGAUUCUAUUUAUAUAGAAGACACAUAACAACAUACAAAUAUACAUUUGCAUUUACCGGGUGGGGGCGGGAAAACAAAAAGAGUAACUAUUCAUUUCUUGUUUAUUUUACUUAACCAUCUAUAUUUAUUAAUUGAUACGCACAAAUUUAUAAUAGAUAUGAAUAAAACUAAUUCAUUUAUGGCACAAAAUCAUUUACAAACAGAAUUUGAAUUACAAACACCAUGCAUUUCUAACUUUUUAGAUUAUGAUUUAUCACCAACUGAAUUACGUAAUAAUCAUAAUAAUAAUAAUAAUAAUAAUAAUAAUUUGUUAGAAGGGGGAGAACAAUGUCAAGAGAUAAGUAGACAAUCUCGGCAGCAACACCAACAACACCAACAACAAUACCAAUCAAAUCAUACUGUAAAUCACCACCACCACCACCACCAACAACAACAACAAGAACAACAAGAACAAUAUAGUGAUAGUCAUUAUUUCAAUUCUCAUUUAUCUAAUUAUCAACACAAUCAACAUUUACUUGGAGUUAAUUGUAUAAAUUCAACAAUAAAUACAAAUAUUAAUGAUGUAACAAUGUCAAUAAUGAAAAAAAUUGGUACUGAUAAUCAUUAUUGUUCAUCUGAAUUACAAACACCAAUCAAUUCAAUUACUUCAUCUCAUUCAAAAUCAACUUAUAAUUUAGGUAAACGACAAACAUUUCAUGAUAUUAAAGAAUUAUUAUUAGAUAUUUAUCAUCAUGAGAAUGAUACAAAUUACUAUGAUAUAUCAUCUAUCAAUCAUAGUAAAGAUGAUAAUACUUCAACUAUAUCCCAUUAUUCAAAACCAUCUUCAUGUAUAUCAUCAAUAUCUAAUCAUAAUAAUACUAUAAUAGAUUCAAAUCAAUCCAUUUCAUUUAAUUAUACUAAUGAUAUACAUCGAAUACAUUCAAUAUUAAGAAGAUAUGAAGAUUUACCUAGUUCUAUAAAGAAUUCAAUUGUACAUAAUUGUCAAACAAAUAAUUGUAUAAGCAAUUGUUCAUAUGAAAAUACUUAUCCUAAAUGUUCUAUCAUUCAAAUAAAUGAUAAAAUUAAUAAUUAUGGAAACAAUAAAAUACAAGAAAGUAAACAAAUCAAUACAAGAUUAUCAAAAGGGAAGUUGGAAUUAACAUUUUUACUUAAUCAAGAUAAUACCGUUCAAGAUAUUUCAAAAUAUGGUAAAGUAGCUAAAACAAUCAUCACUAAAACUGGUAUACAAAAAUUAUUUGUUAUUCGUGGACGUGUAAUUGAUACACGAAUACAAUUUAAUAAUUAUCAAUUUAAAAAUCAUAGAACAACAAUCAUUAAUUGCCAUGGUGAUAAUAAUAAUAAUGAUAAUAAUAAUAAUGAAGAUAUUGAUUUCAUGAAAAAUCAUAAAUUUAAAUUAAGAUUUAAACCAUUUACAAUAUUUGGUGGAAUAUGUACACCGGCUAUUGGUUAUAAUGAUCCAAUGCAAAUUCCAAAUAUAUUAUCAAAACAAGAACAAUUAUGUUUUAUACAAGCUGUACAAAAUGAUAAUAAUAUUACAUAUAAAUUAAUAAAUGAUGGUUAUUUAGUAAUGGAUAUAGAUUUUAAUCAUUCCUGUGAUAUUUAUCAUUUAGUAUUUCCAUUUCUUAAUUCUAAAUGUCCAAGUACAUGGAAAAAAGAUGUACAUAUUACAGUGACAUUAAUUGAUGAAAAUGAUAAAGAAUUAAGUAGCACUGAAUUUGAAGUUGUCAGUUGUGCCAGUCCUAUACGUGAUGCUCGUCGUUAUCAACAACGUCAACGUAUUGCAGAACUAGAAUUUGCAGAAAAGAAUUUGCACAAAACUACUGUCAGUGCUAAUAGUUUAUUUGAAUGGGAUCAUCAGACAAGUCAAUCAGUUUCACAGUCUACAUCAAAACUCAGCAUUUCUGAUAUCAGCCCCAAUUCAUCUGGUUUUGGUAGUCUUUAUUCUCCACUACCAUCGAUCACAUCUGAAGAAGAUCAUUUCAACGAAUUACAACUUUACUUGGCUCGAAAUGAGGCAUCCAAUCCAUCGCAUCAUAUAUCUCAAUCUAUUACUACAGAUUCCAUUGCCAUUGGUACUACUAACAAUAAUAAUACUAGUAUCAGUGAUGUGGAUAAUCAACAAUCCGAUAUUUUAUCACCAUCGACAUCGAAUGAUGAAUUAAUUGACUUGUCUAAUUGGGAUCGGUUGAAGAAAUUGAAACAAAAACGUUUAAUUAAUAAUUUAACCAAUCCACAUACCACUGAACGUAAUCCACGAAACCUGUUCAAACAGUCAACUGAACAAAUGAGCUCUAAGAUAAUGAGUUCAAAAUAUGCAAUGAAACGACAAGUGAAAGAAAUCGAUAAUGGGUCAUGUGAUGGACCAGAGUAUGUGAUUAAACUUUUUUUAGCGAGUUAGUUUUCUACGGGAUGGGGUCGCUAAAACCAUGCUCAACCCUCCUCCUUUAUCCGGGCUUGGGACCGGCAGUAGCCCCCGGAAAGGGACUCCAGGUGGAGUUUUACAAAUCACUAUUGUUCCAUUAUUUUCUCAACAAUUAUUUCAGUUAUAUAUUGUUGUAUACUUUUUUUCAGACAAAAAGUCGACGCAUUUAUCGAAUUCUCAGUCUUCUCAACCGAGAAUUAUCAAGACAUUUAUGAUAAAUCGCUCGCGCGUAAGCACGCGAUAAAGAUAGCGCAAGCAAGUGAGCGAGUGAACGAGAGAUAAAUAAACAUUCGGCACAAAACAUAAAAUGAAGGCAUUUGAAACAGAAUAAUACAUGCCAAAACUAUCUUUAUUAAUCAGAAAAUUCCACUAUAUUCAUUUUAUAUUUUGUAAUACUGUUUGUGUAUGUGUUUGUGUGCAUGUGUGCAUGUGUGUGUGUGUGUUCGUGCAUACAUAUGUAUUCAUCUAUUUACUUUCUUUCUAUUCAUUUACUUUUAUCUUUUCUUCUCUUUUUUAUUGACUUCUCUCAUUUAUCUUUUAUUUUCUUUCUGCUAUUCGUAUUUAUUUAAAACACCGUAAGUAAGUAGUAUUAAAUGUAAGUUUCAUCAUUGUUUUUGUAUUUUUUUUUUACCGAGGAAAACAAUUAUUACCAUUGAAUGCAUUUGCCCGUUCAUACAAAACUAUUGUAACUAUAGUAAUACAAAGAAGAAAACAACAACUGGAAAGAAAUAGUACAUCAUUUAAAAAUUAACAUUUGAUGAGUUGAAAGAAUGAGGGUGAGGGUGAGGGUGGGGAUGAAAUUGAAGAUGGGAUUUUUUUUUGUUUUUUUUUCACAUUAAUAGUCUUUCUUUACAUUGUCAAUGCUUUUAAUAAAAAAAAAGGACAAAAAUUAUUUUUUUUCUCUUUCACCCCCCUCCCUCUCUGUCUCUAAUUUUAUUUGUUUGAUUUUAUUCAGUUGUUUUCUAUAUUAUUGAAAUGAAUAAAUAAUAUUAGAGAAUGAUUAUGAGUGUUAGUAACAAAACUAUAAUGGUUAUAUAUAUUACGUAACUAAGAUACUAUGAUAUAUAUGUUAUUUCAUUGAAGUCAUUUUCUAUUCCAUACAGAGAUAAUGCUUUCUCCCUUCUUUCUUUCUUUCAUUCAUUCAUUCAUUCCAUGUUUACAUUUGCUCAUCAGAGGUAUGAAUGGAGAAACAAACAAACAAACAAUAAUUUGUUUGCAUUUAUUAUUAUUAUUAUUAACAAUAAAGCCAUUCUAACACUGUUUUGCGUUUCUUCUCAACUCUCUAUAUACAUAUGCAUAUAGAGUUGAGUGCUUUCUUACACCUUUAUCAUUAUCUAUAUUGCUUUUAUAUUGAAUUCAUAUCUCUUGAUUGAGGUUUUUCAUACUUGAUAAGGGUUUGUCUUUACUUGCAUUGCAGAAUCUUCUUCUUUUUUUUUUCUAAAAAAACAAAAAAAACUCUUAUUGCUCAAAUAUUUUUGUGUAUGUUUUACAUUUUUUUUGUUGUUGCUGUUUUGUUUUGUAACAUUAUCGCAUUUCUUACAUAAUCAAUAAACAAAAAAGGAAACUAAUUCAAGAUGAUCAAGUACAUAGGGAAUAAGAAAUUGUAGAACCCCCCUUUAUAUAUACAUGUUACUAACUGACAGUAAAUGAGAAUCAUUUACAUAAAUGUGUGUUUGUUUGUAUACGUGUGUGUGUGCGUGUGUAUUGAUGUGAAUUCUUUUAUAGAAAAAAAAAGUUAGUAACUAGGCACAAAAUGAUCAUGUAUCCCUUUUUUUUUUAAUACUCUUUAUCUUCUCCUUUUUUUAAAAAACAAUAUUGUUUUAUUCAUGAUAAGCAUUUUAAAUGCAUUUCAUUCUUAUUUCUUAAUUCACUUGCAUAUUUGUAUUCAAGUCUCUAUAUAUUCUUUUGUUUAGCUCUGGUAAACACUUAUGUGUACAGGCAUUUGGAUUACAGUUUUUGUUGUGCUUAUUUUAUUUUAUUUUUUGGUAUCCUUAUCAGAACAAAUUGUUUUCACAUUCGUUGUUGUUGUUCCUUGUUUUUCCUUUCUUGACCUGUUCUCUAUUGUUAUUCUUUAAUAAAUGUGUGCAUAGU